CAAAAACAUGAUAGGAAUUGCGAGCCUACCGUUUACCGUAUUAAAAAUAACAAUAUUUUAACAACAAUUAUAUAUUUUUUACUAUAUCCUGUACAAUUACAUGCUGGAUAGAUGUGUGAACAAUGUUUAGAAUCCAAAAUGCCACUGCACAAAAUUCUAUGGCCAACAUGGGCUUUCUGGUGCAGAAUUCCCAGAGAGCUGAUUACCAUAAGAACAGGCGUAUAUCCAGGCAAAGACUUCUCAAAAUGUACGAUGAUGUCUUCAGUUUGCCAGGAUCUAGAAAAAUGGCCGUUUCGGUCGAAAGAUACAUUAAACAAACACCAAAACAUUAUCAGCUUACAACAACUUUUGUCAAAGAUAUUCGCAGCAAAAUCAUCUUUAUUCACGACUACAACUGCCAAGUAGCUCAGCUACGACCAUGCGGGAGGUACCCGAAGACGCUGACAUUCGUCCAUCUCCUGGUCCACUAUGUGGAAUUGGAGCAGCAGGUGAUUGUGAAGGAGGGACGGGACGCUGCCUAUGCCGAUGUUGUCGGUGAACGCGUCCAACGUCUCCUUCGGCAUAUCUUUGCCGAAGUGGUGUAUUACAAUAAUCCCGGUUUGACCAACGAGCACCGCAGGAAAUGCAGCUCGGCGUCCGUCAUUAAAGUCCUGACCUUGGUACGUCACGAGUUUCGGCCCACCGACUCCUUCGUCGACAAGAUUGCAAAGAUGUUGUUCGUCGCUUUGGGUAUCGACAAGAUAAUCGAAAACAUGAAGUCCAAUCAGUCGCCAUUUUCGAAGAAAUCAGUUCGUUUGACCUUUCAGGAAUUUUUUCCUGACUUAACUAGCACAAGCGACUAUGAGAGCGAACACAGCGACGAAGAGUACAACUUCGACGACGUGUCGGAUAACUCAGAUGACUUGAUCAAGAAGGAGGAAUGUCCGGAUAUUCCGGACGAGCACGAUGACGUCUCCUCGUUCCAGGACAAGUUUGUUCCGGGGUACGACUCGCCCUCUACUGCCAAUUCGCUGAGUCGUACCGAGGACUCUUCGUCCUGCAGUUCGUCGCAAAUGUCGACGCCGCAGCAGCCGAUGCAGCUAAGCAUGUUAACGUCGGCGGGCAUUGCGGAGUUCGAACUGAAACAGGAAUCCCCAAACUCUCCCUCGUCUCAAGAUUCCUUUAAUUCCGCGUCGUGUCAGAGCACGGUGACGGAAAAGAGUGCUCUGCCGAAACGAGUGCCUGCUCGACGACUGCCAAAUGGUAAAUUGCCGAGGAGAGUGGCUACUAUAAUUCUGGAUGACGACUUCUACAUGUGGGAACUCGACUAUGAGGUUUCGUCGAAACGGGACCUCACAGGCAGAAACUCCAAAAAUCGCCAGGACGCGGGUCACGGUGUCGUUAAGGACGAAUUUAACAGUACAAAUCCUGACGGUGUUGAACACACUGUCGUAAAAACUGAAGUGACGGAACACAGUGUUAAGACGAAAACAAUUGACGAUGUAGUGCUUAUUUUGUCGGACGAUGAAGAAACGACGGAUAAGUUGAUGGAAUCAAAGAACAACAGAAAAACCGGUGUAAAAAACAGUUCAAUCUCACCAAGUAGUGUUAAACCUGUUUCUUUCAAUAGUGCUCAAAAACAAUCACAAUCUGCCUUAUUACCUGCCAAAGACAAAGCAGUUUUUGUAAUUCUCGAUUCCGACGACGAAGAUGAUGUAGAUAAUAAACAAAAUAGUUCUAAACAUGGUGCUGGACACACACACAAAACAUUAGAUACUAGUGGAUAUACACAAGAAGAUCUCGCUGAUAAGUCUAUAAAAUUAGAAACAACCUUGGUUGAAGAUGAUGACAUGAUUUGUACAUCUAACGAUGUAAAUGUCGCCUAUCCAACAAAACAAGAAAUUCUUGACACAAGUGCCAUAAAUAAUAAUGAUUCAAAUGAUGCGUCCAAAGUUUCAGAAGUAGUAGUAAAAACUGAAAUUUUGACAAAUUCUAAUCCCCAACCCAUAGGAGACAGUGAAGUAACUAUUUUGCUAUCAGAUGAUGAAGAUAUUGAUACAGAAAAAUCAGCAAGUAAAGGAACAGACAUGUUAAUAAUUCCACAGAUAGUAUCCAUAAGAGGUAGUUUCAAUGAAAGCAAUCAGGAAGAUAAAGAAUUCCUAGAAGAAAGUCUAUUACUUUCAGACGAUGAAGAAACUGGAACAAAGCAAGUCGUGGAAGUAAAAGAUUCUGUGAUAGAUGAAGAUAGAUUACUUAAUGACAAUGAGGAAUUAAAUGUAUGUGGAUAUCAAGAAAAAGAAACAGAUACGUCCAAACCAAUUGUAGAGACUGCAACUGAAUCAAGCCAGGAAUCAAGUGGUCCCCCAGUUAAUGUUGAAGAAAAUUUACUGAAUGACCCUGAGGUUUCAGCAAAUGAACCCCUAGAAGAAACAGAGGAAUCUGUGUCAUUCAAAUGUGAUACAAUAGAAAUAACAAACUCAGGAGAACAAGAGCCUUCACUUCUAGACGAAGACAAACUCCUCAACGACUCCGAGAAUCUUCCAGAAGACGCAACAAAAUCAGGUCAAUCAGAUCACAUAUUGUUACCCACUGAAGAUUGCAGUGAUGUGAUUGAAACAACCGCACCUAAUGAAGAUAAGGAAGAGGAGAGUACUGAGAAUAUUAACCCAGAGUUAUCAAAUGUAAACGUACCAGAAAAAAAUAACGACGACACCCUUACCCCAAAUAUAGACCUACCAGAACUAGAUACUAAUAAAAACUCGAAUGAGCAAAAUGCAGAUGAAGAUGACCAACGUAGUUUGCCUCCAGAACCAUUCAAAUUGGAAUGUCAGGAGACACAAGAUACAUCUAGCAAUAUUGAGAAACAGCCCACUGAAAAACACGAUCCUACUCAUGAUGAAAUGUCCGAUAGUGACGAUUCUGAAAUUAUAUACAAUCGUAAAACUGUUACAUCCGUUUUACCUAUACAAGAACGCCAAUAUAGUUCAGAUGUGGAUGAAAUUAUGAAUGAGUGGUGCACUUCUGAAGAUGAUAUAUCAGAUUAUGAAUACCACAUGAAGAAGGAUGUAAAUAGGAAACAGAGAAUGUCUAAAAUCACUAACAAACACUUAGUACUUGAAACAGAUGAUUCCUCAAGUAAAGAGACAUUUAAUAUGGAAGAAAAGGAUAUUGAAAACGAAAUUUUCAACAAUGAUGUACAUCUUGAGGAAACAGCUGUAAAAUCUUCAGAGCAAUCUGAAAAUGAAAUUCGGGAUAUUGAGGUUGGUCACCAAGAAGUUAUUAAGGAAUCUGAACAGGAAUUAUCUAAAGUUGACCAUGAAUCUUCCGAUCCAACUUCUGAAGACGUUAAAUCCCCACUGCGAUUAGAAAAUGUGCCCGACGUACAAGAGGAAACAACUGAGGAGAUUAAUAAAGACUGUAAUGAAGCAUCUGAGUCCGCUUUAGCUGAAAACAUUGUAGACUCCUCCAUUCUAUCCACUGAACCUUGUGAAGAGGCAAAUGAAAAUAAUCAAACAAUAUUAGAAGUUGUGUCUCAAAACGAGGAUUUACCUGAAGUUGUGUCUCAAAACGAGGACUUACCUGAUGUAUCACCUGCAAUUACGUUUGAAGACAAUGAAAAACAACUAAUCAAUGAAAAUACAGUGUCAGAGGAAACCACUGUUGUGAUUGAAAGUUGUCAAGAAAGUGAGCAUAAGGAGCUUCAGGAACAACAAUCAGAAACAGUUGAAAGUAAUCAAUUAACAUCAGACUAUCAAGAAGAUAAUGUAUGCGAUUCUAACAGUACAGAAUCGGAGAAUAAAAAUCAUAUGAAUGAUGUGGAUCCAACUCCACUUAACAAUGAUGUGAAUGAAACAACAGCAAAUAUUGAAACUGAUGAUAUUGUUCAAAAACCGGCUGAAGUUCUCCAAGAAAGUGACAAGCCUCUAGAAGAGCAAAAAUAUGAACAGGCUCAGGAGGAUAUAGCAAGUGAGGAGCGUGUGGAAGACCAAAACUCAAAUCCAGAAUUAACAAUUAAAUUGCCACAAAAUGAUUCAGAAAUAUCGCACGUGCCCUCUGAAUCUGAAGAUAUAAGCAAUAAUAAACAAAAUGAUGAAUCAGAUUUAAUUUGCGAUUCAAAGUAUGAAGAACAAAACGUUUCAACUGACGGAGACGUACUAAAAACUGAAGCAGAACCUCAUAUAGUUCCAAAUCUUGAUGAAGUUACUUCUGAACUAGAAACUGAGACAAAUUUGAAUGUUGAGCCACGAGACAUCGAUGAACCGAAAUUGAUAGAAAAAGUGUCAGAAAGUCUAGCCCCCGAACCUACGAUAAUUCCAGAAACGAUCAGUAACAUACCCAUCGCUGAAGAACCUCUUCCAAUUGCUAAUCCCAGUGAAGCUUCUACUGAAGUCGAUGCAGAGGCACAUGUGGAAGAAUCACGAGACGUCGAUGAGCCGAAAUUGAUAGAACAUGUGGCAGAAAAUCUAGAAAGUGCAGUAGUCCGAGAACUUACGAUAAUUCCAGAAACGAUUAGUAACAUGCCCGUCGCAGAAGAACUUCUUGUAAUUGCAAAUCCCAACGAAGCUUCUACUGAAGUCUAUCUAGAAACACAUUCGGAAGUUGAAUCACAGGACGUUGAUGAACCUAAAUUGUUAGAAACUGUGUCAGAAAAUUUGGAAAGUUCAGAAGCUACAGAACCUACAGUAAUUCCAGAGACGAUUAGUGAUAUAUCAGUCGCUGAAGAACCUCUUGUAAUUGCAAAUCCCAGUGAAGCUUCUACAGAAGUCGAUAUAGAGACACAUUCGGAAGUUGAAUCACGGAAUGUUGAUGAACCUAAAUUGCUAGAAACUGUGUCAGAAAAUUUAGAAAGCUCAGUAGUCCCAGAACCUACACAAAUUCCUGAAACGAUCGAUGACAUACCAAUUGCUGAAGCAAGACCUAUUAUAAUUCCAAAUCCCGUGUGUAGUGAAGAGGAUACAGAGACAAAUUUAGAUUUUGAAUCACAAGAUAACGAUAAACCAACAAUGUUGGAUAAUGUAGCAAAUAGUUUGGAAAUAUCUGUGGCUCCAGAAAUAAUCCCUGAAACUAGAGUUCCUGAUCUUGUGUCUGAAACAGCUGAAGAUAUAAAUUUUGUAUUGGAUCUGAGCAAUAAGUCUCAAGUAAAAGAAAAACCAAUAAUGGAAGAUUGCAAAUACUCAUCAAACAAUUUAGAAAACAGCAAUAUUUCAAGUGCAACUAGUGAAGCAUUUCCGAAAUUGGAAGUACCAAUUCAGCCACCAGAAAUUGUUGAAUCUGCGAUUAAUGUACAAGUUAAUCACAUUCACUUACCCCAAGAAGAUGAAACAUCUAAUACAGACACCCCUAUCCAGACAGAGAACUAUGAGAUUUGCCACUACCCACCAGAAAAUUCACUCCUACUAUUAUGCGAUACCGCUCUGAAUAGUGAUUCAGUGCCAACUAAAAAAACCACCAGAAUUGCAAGCAGAAGGAGUCCAAGAAGGAAGGCUUUUGGGCCCCAACUGAGCAAAGAAGUAAAGGAUGUCAGUUUCAAACCACAUGAUUUUAUGGCAACGUCACAUGCCACACUUCCUUUAGUGACAAAUGUAUUCACCAACCAAAAUCCAGCCCAGGAAACUCCAGAAAAAUACACCAGCGAGGAUAGUAAUGACAGUGAAGAUCAAUUGCUGAUUGACGAAGGUCCUUGUGAAGAACCCAAGCCCAAAAGCCCAGAAAAUUACCAUAAAGAAGACAACACAGUUCUGAUUAGUAUUCCAGAAACUGGCGAAAAUUUCCCGAUUUUGACACAAAUUGAAUCUCCUUUACUCACGGAAGUUUUGACGGGUGCUGUGCCUUCAGAAAUUGUCGUGUCAUCUUUACAAGAAGUUCAAAAACCUGAAACAGAUAACAUUGGAAGUCGAUCUGCUCAAGGUCAAGAAGAUUCCAACUCUAGUGAAGAUAAUGUGCCUUUGUCCUCAAUUAAGGACAAAAUUCUUACUACGCCUCCUAAAAAUUAUCCCGAAAACAAAAUCUCCAAUGAAAUUAUAGAUACAAAAACAGUAGAUGAGAAGUUUUACGAUUUCUGUUCCGCAAACCCUGAAAGACCAGUAAGUAAAUUCAAGACGAAAGCUGCUAGGAAAGAAUAUAAAGCGGAAGAACUUAUUAUUAAGUUGGAACGACACAAGAACAUCGACCAUUCAAUUCCUAAAAAGACGCUUAGUAAAAAGAGAAGGUAUGGAAUGAACGUCGUUGUAAAACCACAAAAUAGACGUGGACGAAAACGCAGCAAUUUAGAAGAACAUCAUAAAGAAGAGCAACCCCAAUCCAAAGUUGAAGAUAAUAUUGUUAUUGAUGAAAAACCAAAGAAUGAAUUUGUAUCCAAUGAUGAAAAUAUUGAAGAGAUCACCGAAAUACGAAAGAGUCUUGAGGAUAAAUCAAUUCAGCUUCAUAGUAAAAAGGGAGAAAGCAGAAGAAUAACUAGAAGCAGUGGUUUUAUAGAACAAUUACAUGAGGAACUAUGUAAUACUAAAGUUGAAGAACAAGUUCCCGUUGAAAUAGCCGAAAUCCCCUCCCAGUCUAAUGAGGAUAAACUCAAAGAGACCACGGAAAUAAAAAAGAUCGUUGAAGGAAAAAUUAGGAGAAGAACUAGAAGCAACUAUGCCGAACAAAUUGAAGAAGUUGUGGCACAAAUUGAAGUUGAGGAUAAAGUAUUAAACGAAGAAUUGCAGUCUAGUGACACUAAAGAUACGCCAAAAAUUGAGCCCGUUGUUGAAAAGGCACGAAGGGGACGCCCCAGAAAGAACUCCGGCAUUAAUCUGGAAGCGGAACGAAAAAUAAGUGACAGUGUUAAAAGUAUUAUUGAGUUUGUUAUCGAAAAAGGUAUUGAAGAAACCAUGAAAAAAUUUGAAGAAAAGGUUGAGACGGCUUCAGAAAUUCAGGAAUAUAGAAAUAAAAGGAAGCAGAAAAAAUCAUCAAUUGUCAAAAACAAGUCCAAACCAGAGUCGAAUAUUGCUGAGUCGAUUAGCACUGAAAACAUGAUUUUUCCUGAUCACAAUAUAGAAAUGGAGAAAGAUGUAAAUGUUGAAACUACCAAAAACGUCGAAACUCAACCUGAACCACUAAAGGAAGGACAUGAAUCGAAUAUAUCUGAUUCAGUUUUAGAAAAUAAAUUCAAUUCCCAGACAGAAGCCAUCCAGUCAAAGACAUCUGAAAAAGUACCAAGUGAAGAUACGAAAUCAAUUCAAAACGUAUCUGUUAAAGGUAAAAGGGGCCGAAAAAAUCGCUCACAUAUGGAGGCAAAUAAAAAUAAAAUUAAGGAAAAUACUGAAAUUGAGGAGUUGCCUGUUCCAACUGACAGUAAUAAUUUAGAUAAUAGUCCAGUUCAAACUAGCCAUGUAAGUAAAAUUGUUUCGGAGUUGGAGAGUACAUCUAAAGACAUUCCCGAGAUAUUAGAAGAUCAGGCGAAUCAAAGUGGAAUGAAAACUAGAAAUCAAAUAUCUUUUAAACAUGGAAUCCAACACUCCACUGAAGAUGUACAAGAAGAUAAGCUUCCAGGUGAGAAUAAUGACUUAGUUACGUUGGACAAUAAGGAAGUUAUUCCAAACAUUGAGGAGUGUAUACCCGAUACAGUAGAUUCAAACAUAGCCACUGACGUCAAAUCACACAAGGAAGACACUCAUGUUACAUCAGAAGACGGAUUACUUGAAGAUCUAAAAUUGAAUCAGAAUGUCUCUGUUAAAACAAAAAGGAAUCGAAAGGGUGGUGUGAAUUUAAAAGAUGCUAAGAUAAAAUCAACUGAAAAUAGCAAUACUGCAGAUUUGCCAAUGGAAACUGAUCAGCUUGAAUGCAGUACUACUCAGAUAAUAGGGACAUCUAAUGUAUCCUUAGAAAGCAAGUCUGAAUCACUUACAGAAGAAAGUUCAACUGUAUUAAAAAUAAGUGAUGUCGACCAAGGAGUCUCAGUCAAAACCAAAAAAAGGCGACAAAGUCGGAGAUUUUCAAAUAUUGAAGACAAAAAAGUUGAUGAAAUUAAUGAAACCAAACCGAAAGUUGAGAGCAAAUCCAGUAUUGUUAAAGUGAGUGAUGAACAAAAAGAUUUGGAUCAAACUAUAAUCAACACAAAUAUUAAUAUUAAUGAAGAUUUUAAAGAUAAGAAUAUACCCGAAAUAAAUACCGAUGAAGUACAACCAUUAACAUCGGAAUUAUCUCAAGAUACUCAGAAUGAAAUUAAAUCGGAGUUUCUAAGUGAUGAAAAAAGUCAGGCUAAUACGGAAGAAAAAGACCAGACCAUGAAAGAAGAAACUAGCCAGAUUGUGACACACGAAAAAAUCAAUGAAAAAGGUACUUCAGUAGAAGAGAAAAUCAGUACGACUACAGCAGAAGAAAAAAGCCAGACUAUAGCAGAAGGAAUAAGUCAAAGUUCAGCAGAAGAAAAAAUUGAAGAGGACGUUACUGAAACCGCUGAUUUUGAAUUUGACGAAAACAAAUCCAUUUUAGAAAUGUUUAAAAUACAUUCUUCCCGAAAAACCGACAAGAAAAAGAAGAGGAAGUCGAAAAACCGUUCCAACUUAGAAGUGGUUGCCAAAGAUAACCUGAUUGAUAAGAAACAAAAGAAAGAAAACACCGUAAUAGAAUCCGAAAAAAUCACUAUGGAAAGUGGUUCUGAUAUAAAAGAAGAUCAGAAAACUGUUACAGAAUCUCAAAAAAUCACUAAAGAUAUUGUUAAAGAUGUAACAAUAGAUCAGACAGAAUCAAAAAUGGACAACAGUAAACUGAAUAAAGAAACUAAAAAUUCUAAGAAAAAGUCAGUUGCUUUUAAUGAGAAAGAAAAAUCGUCAAGUGCUGAAACUGAACCUGUAAGUACCGAGUUGCCUUCGAAAGAAAAUAAAAGUCAAAACUUACUAAAGCCAAUAACUAUGCGCACCAGAAGUAAAAGCCGAGAGGAAUCUUCUUUGGAUACUAUAGUGGAUAAGUUAAAGAAGAAACUAGAAUCUGAAUCUGAUAACAAUGUGAUGGCUAUACUGCAAAACGACUUGCCAACUAGCGGCUCCGAGAAGAAGAAGUCGAAACAAAAACCAGACAAAGUUGAUUCAUCAAUUACCCCAGAGGAAAACCAAUUGAAAACAGAAAAUUCGAGCCAAAGCGACAAAAUCAAAAAAGUUGAUCCGAAAAUUAGUGAAAAACCCUUGGACAAAGAUACUCCAAAGGAAAAAUCUAUUAAAGAUAAAAAAGAAAAAACAAUUGUCAAAGAAAAAAAUGACAAAUCAGACAAAAGAAAACGUAAAUAUGAAGAUAACAGUGCAAACGAAGAUGAGAAAUUGGCAAAAAAAUUAAAAUUGAACGAGGCCGAAAAAGAAAUACCAAAGGUUGAAAAACUUGGUACCUCCAAGUCAACUAUGGAGACGACUAAUGAUAACUCGAAGGAUAUUAAAGAAGAAAAAUCUGGGUCUAAGAGCAAACACAAGCAUAAAAAGCAGUCUUCAGCUUCAUCUAAAAACUCCAGUAAAACGGAGAGUUCUUCCAGCAAGGCAGUCGCCUCUUCAUCCAAUCACUUCAAAACCGACGAUGAUAGAAAAUCUCAAAACACCAAGGGGGUGAUGGAAGACAAUAAAAUCGGUAAGUCCAAGUCAUCUAGUAAAAAUAGCAAAUCCGAUAAACAAAAAGGCAAAUUCAAGAAUGAAUCAAAAGAUGCCAUAAGUAAAGUCAGGAAUAAAAAAUCAGAGAGUAGUAAAGUUCAAAAGGAGAAUCUAGAAAAUUUAAAUAAAAUCGACUCCGAAAAUAAAACAGUUAGAAAAUUGAUUGAUGCUGAUAUAUUUGACUUUAAGUCUGAGGAAACAAAGGUAGUAGUAUCAAAGAAAAAAAUAAAUCAGGAUAAGGAAAAAGCAAAACCCAUUCAAGUAAAUAACGUAAUUCCAACAGUUCUGUCGUCAGAGAAACCCAAGGAUCCUGUUUAUAUGCCCAGAAAGCAUAUGAUAAAGAAAUAUUUUGAAGAGAAAACGGAAUUUGAUCUUUCAAUAUCUCCAUCUUUAUCAGAUAGCAAAGAUUCCAAUAACCAAGAUCUAGAUCUUAAUUUAUUAAAGAAAAAAUUGAAACAUAAGAUUAUAACUAGUACUCCCAUUGAUAAACCCACACCAAAAGCUACUUAUUCAAAGAAAUCGCUUAUCGCAGAAGUUAGCGGGAUCGGAGUUAAACGUAGACUUUCUUUGGAGAGUGAAGAUAUAGUGGAGACUAAAUCUGGAAAACAUCAAGACAAUUUGGAAACAAUAAAUGACAUUACUGAACCUGUUAACAAAUUAUCUUACGAAAAUGAAGGAGGUAAAUCAGACAACAAAGACGCUGACAAAAAUAUCUGUGAAGAAGUUGCAUCUGACUCUACGUUGACGACUGACGCAUUUGUAACGGAAGAACUCGAGACAAAGUCUACGUCUACUAGUUCCUUAAAAAUAUUGCAGAACAUUAAGCUAACUCCAACAGGUUGUUAUACAAUGGGACAAAAUUAUGGCAUAUUUGAUAUCCCAUAUCUCAAAAAUUCUGAAGCAGAAUCUUCUGCACCAGAAGAAAAAUUGUCUGAAAAAUUAGCAUCUUGGCAAGAGCCUUGUCCUAAUUCAGUACUAACAGAAGAAGUAGUAAGUUCUAACAAUGAUGAUUUAGAACCAUCUGUUGUAGCCCAAGAAGUACAACCAGUACUUACGGAGAGCGAGGUAGUUCAUGAAACUUAUGAGCACCAAAUCACAACAGUUGUGGAAAAAAUUGAUGAAGAAAAACCUAAUUUGAAUUCAACAGUAAUCCAUGAAGAUCAUAAAGAAAUGCAGGAAGAAGUGCCACAGAACUCUGAAACGGAAGAACAACCGAUUCUUGAAGAAGAAAUUGUUCCUGCUGUGGGAGAAUCCAUGUAUGAGGAAGUAGUUGAUAAUUUUGUACAAAAUGAAAAUUUAUUAAUACCUACUAAGGAAGAGUGUGAAAGUUUGGCAGUGCCUGAUAAUAAUGCGAUGGAUGUGAGCUUAUUAGAUGAAGUGCAAAAUGAGGAGAUAAUUCAAACAGAAAAAGCAGAAGAUAAUACUAUUGUGGAAGCCCAACAAACACAAGAAACUGGAAGUGUUUCGAUGGAACAAAUAUCGAAUUCUGAAAAUAUUGUAGAUAACUCUGUGAUGGAAUCCACAGUUAUUCCAGAAGAAAUUGUUGUCACCGAAGAACCUUUUAUAAACGAAAAAGAUGAUAUUACUGAAAUAAAGCAACAAGAAGUAAAUGAUGUAGAAUUAGGCCCUACUGCUGAAAAAAUCUCAAUUGAAGAAAAUAUCAUGACCGACGAACAAGUGUCAAACGACGAAGUUACUCCCAUAGGAGAAAAAUUAAGUACUGAAGAAGUUGUAGAUAACACAAUGAUAGAGCAUGUACAAGAAAAAGAAAAUACCUCCUCGGAAAACAACUCCAACAUUACAGAAAUUGUAGACAAUGCGAUAGUAGAACAAGUGCAAGAAGAAAAAAUUAUUUCAUCGGAAGACAAAUCUGUAAGUAAUAAACUUGCAGAUAAUAUGAUGGUAGAAGAAUUACGAGAGGAAACUAUUACUUCAGAGGGUACAUCUGUUACUAAUGAAGUUGUAGAUAAUACAGUGAUAGAUCAAGUACAUGUUGAAAAAAUCAUUUCCAUGGAGGACAAAUCCAUUACAAAUGAAAUUGUAGAUGAUACAAUGAUUGAAGUUCAAGAAGAAGAAAAUAUUACCUCGGAUGACAAAUCUGUUAAUAAUGAAGUUGUGGAUCAUACUAUGAUAGAACAAAUAAAGGAUGUUCAAGAUGAACAAAGUACUUCCUCAGAGAACAAGUCCGCUACUAGUGAAGUUCUAGAUAGUAUGAUGAUCAAACAAGCACAAGGUGAAGCAAAUAUUUCUUUGGAGGAUAAACCUGUUGUUGACGAAGUUGUGGAUAAUACUAUGAUAGAACAAACACAAGAUGUUCAAGAUGAACAAAAUAUUUCCUUAGAGGAGUCCGUUACUGGUGAAGUUGUAGCUAGUUUGAUGAUGGAACAAGAACAAGGUGAAGAACCUAUUUUCUCGGAAGAUAAAUUAGUUGCUAAUGAAGUUGAAGAUAAUGUAAUGAUAGAACAAGCCCAAGAUAUAGCAGAUAUUUCCACGGACGACAAGUCUGUUGCUCCAGAAAUUGUAGAACCUUCUGUAGUAGAACCAGAACAAGAACAGGAUAUUGAAAUGUUUUCAACUGCAGAUGAAACUGUUACUGAAGAAGUUAUACAUGAUUUUAUGGUAGAAGAACAAACAAUUCAACAGGAAGAAAUUGUUUUCUCUGAGGAAAAAUCUGAAAUCGAAGAAAUUGUGGAUAAUUCUUUAGUAGACGUGCAACCAGAACAAGACAAAGAAGUUGUUUUUACAGAUACAAAGUCAACAUCUGAAGAAUUGGAAAAACCUAUGUUUAGCGACCAACCAGUGGAAUGCACGAAUACAUCAGUUGAAAUAAAAACCACAAUUGAGAAUGUAGUGGAUAAUUCCAUAAAUGACUCUCAGAUUACGGAAAAAGAAAUAGAUUUAACUGAAACUUCAGACGAUUCCAUGAAAAUUGCAAGUGAAGAAGUUAAAUUUAUUGAGGAAGUUGUCACUAGUGAAAUACUUGACACAUCUACAAUAGAUAAACAUGACCCACAAAGUCCAAUUAUGGAUAAGACUCAAAUUGAUAAUUGUGAAAAACUCCAGCAAGAUGAUACAUCCUUAACUGAAGAACAAUUAUUACCCGUAACAGAAACUAUUCUCGAAAAUAUAAUCAUAGACCAUACCGAAAUAAUUGAUGAAUAUCUAGAAUCAUCAAUUUUAGAUAAAUCAAGUGAAUAUUGCGUUGACGUAUCAACUGUAGUUCCACCUCUAUCUCAGGAAGUUGAACCUGAUAACCUUCAGAACCUAAAAGGAGACGUACCAAAACUAGUGGAAGAUGUUGCAAGUAAAACAGAAGCUGUAGAUUUUCAAACUCUGGAAGAUCCUAAAGAAGAUCAAUCGGUAUCCAUUCCUAUUGUUGAUGUGUGUCCAGAAAUAUCUACCCAAUCUUUGUCUACGUUGGACGAAUCGAAUGUGAACGAGUCGCAACUGACACUGCCAGAAGCCAGCACCUCCGUCCAAUUAAAUCUGGCGGAAUUCAUUAAGACACAUCCGAUUCCGGAAGAAAGUCUAGAUCAAUCAUACAUGUACAGCUUCAACCUGGACGUGGCCGAGGUAAGUCAUCCGUUUAUUCGAGAAGUGACCUCGUCAUUAGAUAGCGGGUUCAAUCUGGAAUCAAAACCUCCGAAUGUCGAGGGCGCCCGUGAGAUCAAUUUCAGUGACAUCCUGUUGACGUAUGAGGAUGGAAAAGAUAUUUAUGACACUCUGGUUACGUCACAGGCAGAUCUCAAGAGCCAGUGUGUGGCACCUAAUGACGUCCAGGUCAAAUCACCAGCUGAACAGGUAAUUGAUAAGAAACUGUUCGCUAACCAACAAGCUGGAUUUACGUCUAGAUCGCCGUUUUUGCGUCAAGAAGGAGACGUUUUGAGUGAAGGCGCCAGAACUGCUACGGAUGAUUCAACUAAUACCUUACAAGAGAUACGAAUUAAUUCUGACAGAAGCGCCGAGUACAAUAAUCGUGAUCCAGUGUUUGCGUUCUUUGCCAAUAAAAGCCUGGAAGAUUCGCCUGAGGAUCUCUGUGAAGUGUUCCCAGGCACGGUAGAAGAAACUCCCGACAACAAUUUUGAUCUCCAAUUUGCAGACCACACCUAUGAUGAUCCAAAAGGUGUUUUGGGUAUUGACUAUGCCAUUAACGGAAUCGUCGGUCUGGGCUCAAAUUCCAGCAAAGAACCGUUAUUAAGCAGUCGCAUUGACCCAACAGUCGCACAAUGGUCAGAGUUGAUGGCUAACAAUCAAGAUACUAACAAGAAAGUGGUUACUUUACCAGCAGAACCUUUAACCACGCCCACGAAACAUUUAUGUCAUAACGAAUACAUAAAAUCAUUUAAUACUGUAGAGGUGACUUCGUCUGCAAAUAUGGAAAAUCCUGACAGAUAUUUUAGGACUGAUGAUGCCAAGGUCGAACAGACGCAUGUCGAAGUAAAGAGUCCUGAGAAACCGAAGAAAUCACCGAAACCCACACCUGUUCAACAAUCGAAAAGUCCAAAGGCCAUACAACCAACCGAAUCUAAGAUAUCACCUAGGAGGUCACCCCGAGAUUUAUAUGCCGAGAAAGAAUCGGCAAAGACAAAGAAAUCUUCUAAGGAUUUGGAGAAAGAAAAGGAAGUAGCGGCGAUGAUGCAGAUACCAGUGCGAUCUAACAGCAGGACAAAAUUAAAAGCACCACCGAAAAAGGACAAGAACAAACCGUCUCCCCAACAUUUCACCUCACCAAGAUCCACUGAAACUCUCGAAAAAACCAAGGAAACUUCAUCCAAAACAGUGUCUCCAACUAAACCUUUGUAUGAUUUUUCAAUUGAAUCGUUCCUCAGACCUGAUGCUUCCAAGAAAACUAAAGAUGAGGAAGUGGAAGUAGUCGAAACCGACUUAAGGAGGGAGAAGAAACCGCAACCUAGUAUUAUGGAACCUUUGCGUAACGAAAAGAAGCGUAAAUCGUUCGAAGGUCCGCCGGAAAAUCCUGACGCAUUGUUUGAUUGGCUGAAACAAAACAAAGACCAAGUCACGCCGAAACGGCGGGUAAUGCCAAAUGCUGAAGUGAAACCGAAAGUUGAUGUGACCAAACCAGACACUUCAAAAAAUCUUUCCAAUGGUGUUUCCGGUGAAUUUGCGAAGACAAUUGCCGAGUCUACCAGAUCUGCCGCCGCUUCUACCAGAACCACUCCGGAGUCUACACAAACUUCCGUGGAUUCCACUAGAAAGACUAUAGUUUCCAAGAGUGCCCCCGCAACUGCAACAUCCACUCCCGAAUUUACCAAAACAGUGGCAGAAUCCACACGAUCAGCUACGGAAUCAUUAAGAAACGCUGCUGAUAAAUUUUUCGCGGAACAAGCAAAAACGCUUACGGCAUCUAUGAGGUCUACAACAACUUCAAGAAGCUCCGUGGAAUCUACGAAGUCAAGUCCGGAAUACGUAAAAUCUACCUCAGAGUCUGCAAAAGCUACAACGGCCCCUCAGAGAAGCUCCGGGGAAUUUGUCAGGAAACCGAAUGCGGAAUCUUUGAGAAAUGUUCCAGCUAGUAGAACUGGUCCGGAACCUGUAAGGCACGUCGCGGGAUCGAUGAGGCCGGAGAGUGCGAGGACAUCUGAAUCUAUGAGGACUGUGCCACCCAGUAGGAACCCUGCUGAUCCUUUGAGACCUUCUGCCGAUGCCGUCAGAACAACUACUGUGUCAGCUAGAUCUAUGAGGUGUGUUAGGGAGUCUACUUCCAGGAGUACGCCGGACUAUUCAAGGACGGUACCGGAGGGUUACGAGAGAGUUAAUGACAAUGGAAAACGGACCUUGGAAGCGACCGACGAGAGAAGAACUAAAUAUGCACGACAUCCGUACCCAGGACAAUCGACAAGUGACAGACCUGAUGCGUCACGCAGAAGGGGCGAGCAUGGAAGGUAUUCGGAGUACUUGACGCCCGAAGAAAUCCAGCAAGUAAGAAAUUCGACAAGAAAUAUGAUGGUCAACAGAGAGAGAGAGCGGACUGCGGCAGCAGCGGCAACAUCAUCGAAUGGUCUGCGGAUACCGUCGCGGGGCAGCAGUUCCAGUAGCAGUAGUGUGAACGGUCACAGCCACAGUCACGGUCACCGGGAAAUUCCUCCAGGCAAGUGGCCGCCUGGCGGCUCUUCGUCCAUACCGGGUAGUAGCCGACCUUCUUUAAAAGUAGUGGAUAUCAGGAGGUCAGAUAGAUUAACCAGGCCUGAGGAACGAAGGGAGAGCAGAUCUAGUUCAGAUCAUUCACGGACGCAUCAUUCAUCUGAAAGAGGUAGAUGGCCACCCCGAGAAGGAACUAGGACGCGAGGUAGAUCAAAUUCGGGUUACCAUCGGCAAACGGAAAGCGCUGAGGAAGAGGAGGAUUGGAUUAAUAAAAUGAAUAGAAUUGUAGAUCCAAAUCUACUUAACAGUUUUGGAAAAACAAAUUUAUUUAACUGACCCAUACCCCACUUUUCUCCUCCCACUUAUAUUAACAGCAACAACCAUUUACCAUGAUGUUUCAUUUAUAUCCUUGUAAAUAGUUUUUUAGUAUUUAGCUAGUAUAAAAUAAUGUAUACUUAGGUUUUUGAUGUAAAUGUUUUAAGAGCUUUAUUAAGUGUAAUUUAUUUAUUAUAUUUUACUUUUUUUAUAAAUAUAAGUAGUGUAAACAACACUGUACAUUUGUUAAUAAAUUGCAUUUUUAUCUA